AUGGGUUGCUGUGGUUCCAGUCAAGUAGUUGCACCUCCUCCUGCUCCAAUUCCAAUUAAAAUUGACCCAACUUUACCUCCAGCAGAGCAAGAAGCCAUUAAAGAACAAGUCAACGUCAGAGCCAACAAAAUUGCUGCAGCCCAAAAGCUUGAACUCGACCCAGAAGAGAAAGUAAUCAGAUCUGAAGAAAAGAAGAUUCCUUUUGCCCAAAAGAAGGCAAGAGAUCUUGAUCAAGCCCUCAAAGCAAAUUCGCUUGAAGGAAAACUCAGUGUUCCUCAGCUGAAAAGAGCAACCGCGCACCUAGAAAUAAACCCAGAAAUUUUCACUGACCCAGAUCUUGCUGUCUACAAGUUUUUGAAAAAAUUCUCUGAAGGAAAAUUAUAUGAAGUAAAAUCUCUAGCACUAUGUGGAAUCCUAAUAGGUCAAGGUAGCAAUAAAGAUAAAGCAGAAGUUUUAUUUGACCAUUUCGAUAUUGACGCCAGUGGCAAGCUUGAAAAAGAAGAACUUAGAAAAAUGCUUGAUGAAAUGGUCGUUUUGUCAGCAGAAAAAGCUCCAAUUGCAGCUAUUGGUGAAGGACUUUUAACUGAAGAGCAAGCAAUCGCCUACUCAAAGAAAUUAAUUGGUGCUAAAGAAGGGUUUAUUAGAACAAUUAUUGAAGUACUGGUGGAAGCUGGAGAAGAUGGAGUUUCAAAGGUAGAGUUUGAGAAAAAGGUGAGCGGACACCCAACACUUCAAAGACUUUUGUGGAGUUAUGGAAUUAGACAGUCCCUAUUUGAAGAAGCUAAUGAUGUCUUCGCACUUUAA